ACAUGGUUUAUUUAACUGACAUGACUGACAUUUGUAUUCGUUUUUUCACUGUUUUCGUUGGUUGUUCGUUAUUCCUACUAUUUUUUCAAAUUAUAAUUAAAAGUAGUUCUCUGCAGAACCCCAGAUUUAAAGUACACGCUAAGGUAUGUUUGAAAACAUAAUCAAUUUCUUUUUGUUCCUGUUUUAGGCAUUUUAGGUUAAUAGAAUCAAAUAUACCAAUUUGAAUUAAGCCAAAUUAUUUUAUCCACGACAAAACACGAUUUUUCAGGCUUCAGUACGCGAAGCUUCAUUUUGUACAGAUUUCCUUUUUCCACUCCGAUCGCAACAACUUUACCAUUGUUUAAAAAUUAACAAUUUUGUACUAUACUUUUAAUGACAAAAUCCAAACCCCUUUUGGCUGCAACUUUUACGGAAAAUAAAUUGUGCUUCAUCUCCGGUGUGAAUAAAACGUCUUUUAAAAUUCCUGGAAGCCACUAUAAUUAUCAACGAAAGUCGGUAUUUUCUACAAAGCAAAUAGUGUAUGUUUUUGGUGUCAAAACUACACCUACAAAGGGAUGAAACUUUUUAUGGAGAAAAACUCUCUCUGAAAACCUUUGAAAGAGGGUUCUUGAAAAAUAAAAUUUUAACUAUCUUAACCUCACUUUUUUUAGUGACAAAUUUAGUUCCUUAAUAUGUAAAGCCUUUUUCACAUUUAAAGCGCAGUUUACCCAAUCAUGGCCUACUGUUAUGCCAAUUUAAAUGAAAUGGAUUAUAGCAAUAAAACAAACGCAACCCCAUAAUCCAAGUACACUAACCUAAUUUUUGUUAAGUUGGUAUGAAAGGCGUUUUCGGGGAUUUACCUAAAUAUAUGAAGUUAGUCUUGACAUUUUUAUCAAAGUGCAUCCGAAAUAGCAUGUUACGUGUCAUGUAUGUGCAAAAAUUAUUAAACAUUCUAUGUGAAGACGUAUUUAAACAGAAUUCUGUUGAAAUUUAGUUGAAAAGUUUUAAAAUAAGUUAUUUGUGUCUCUUGUUUUAUUUUUUGUUGGGUAAUCGUUUCCUGAAGUAGAUAUAAAUAAACGGUUGGUUAAGAAAGUUUGAAUGAAAGUAUGUACAUUUUAUGCAAUUCGCAACACAUCGUCAUUAGUGCUUUCAUAAAUUGGUGUGUUGCAAUAGAUAGUGAGCUUUUUAUGUCUGGUUGAGCUUAUUUGCACAGUUUUAGUGACAAUCAUAAUAGUGUUAAUAGUUUUAGAAACUUGGCAGGUGUAGUGGUGGAAUGGGUUUUCCACAAAAAAUUUUCUCCUAGUUUAAAUCAAGCGACAUUUGGACAUCUAUACUCAGUAGGAGUUAUCCUGUUUUUUUUGUAUAUGCUAUCACUAUGAAUCCAGAAGAAUCAAAGCGAAAACGUGAAGCUCCAACAGGGGCGAUUCAUAAUUGGAGAAACUUUACAGAUACUGGCACGUCUAGCUUCUUCGGCAAUCGGAGCAAAGAAACUGGCUCAAAAACUAAUCAACCUAGAAGAUUUGAGGGAAAACAAAUAAAAUCAAUGGGAUUCAGAUUCUUAGAAGAUUUAUUAAAAAAUGAUCCCGAGAGGAUAAUAUUGGCAUUAAUGAAAGAACGUGAAGGUCUUUUACGUUUAUUGGAAAAAGAAGUUAGCAAUGACGUUAUUAUUCUUUUAAUAGCAAUUCUUAGAAAAGUAUGCUCUUCUUCAUUUGAUGAAACAAAAUACAGUGUCCUUCACUCAACUCUUAAUGAAAAAUUCACCAAUAAAAUAAAAACAUUUAUUGCUUGUUUGCCUACACAGGACAAAUUUCAGCGUCGAACAAGCUCGUUCUUCUGGAAAGAUCCUGGCGAAUUUUGGUCGAAUUUGACGCAUAUUUGUGAAGAUUUGUUAAACACGACACCAACUUUUGCUUGUAAAAACUUACCAGUUUUGCUUAAUGCAAUUAAAAUUUAUGCACCAAUCAUCGAACAAGAACAACAAACGGAGGUGUCAGAUGAAAUUAAAAGUAAGGUGGAAAAAAUGUUACAAGUAAUCAAAACUCUUAAAGAAAGCGAAGAAAAAGAGAAAUUGAAGCAAGAUGAAGCAGUGGACACUAAUCAACCGCCAGACGACUUCCGCCAAAUCAGUGUUUAUCCAACUCCAGCUGAAAUUGUAGGAGGACGAGGCUUCCUCCGGGAAAACAUCGUUAAAGGCCCUUAUCAGAACGUAAACCACUAUUUAGACGUUCAGUUUAGGCUUCUACGUGAAGACUUUGUGGGCCCUUUAAGAGAUGGGAUUAAUAACUAUCGAUCGUCAACACCAUCGAAUGAAAUCGAAAACGUAAAAAUUCACAAAGAUGUCUACUUCCUGAAAACGGAAACCAUAAACGAAUUUUAUUGUCUCCGAAUUCAGUUCAGGUCUAAGAAGAAAAAGAAGAUCAAUUUUGAGCAAUCUAAGCGAUUCAUCUUUGGUUCAUUGCUGUGCUUCACAAAAGACAACUUUCAAACUUUGAUUUUUGGAAGAGUGGCCCAAAGAAAAAUUGAAGACUUGGAAAACGGCCAAGUAAUUGUCGCUUUUGACAACAAAAUCAAGGUUGAUUUUAGCGCUGCUUACUUAAUGGUUGAAUGCAGCGUGUAUUUCGAGCCUUAUUUUCACGUCCUGACAGUUUUGAAGAACAUGACUGAAGAGAUGUUUCCGAUGGAGAGGUACAUAAUACGGGUUAAUCCUUCCGUGCAACCCCCUGCAUAUUUAACAGCCCCCAACUGCAAGUUAGAAAUUGAAGACCAUACAUUUAACCCCUUGUCAGAGUGGCCUGACGAAGACUUCUACGGUUUAAACGAUUCCCAAAUGGUGGCAUUUAAAGCGGCAAUCACUCAGGAAAUAGCCGUUAUUCAAGGACCUCCUGGAACAGGAAAAACUUAUCUUGGACUAAAAAUAGCUCAAACACAAUUGGAAAAUACCGAAUGUUGGUAUAAUUAUACACCUAUGCUGGUGAUUUGUUUCACGAAUCAUGCACUUGACCAAUUUUUGGAAGGUUUACUACCAUUUACAAGGGAGAUUAUUCGAGUUGGUGGACGGUCUCAAAACGAAAAAUUGGAUGCAUACAAUUUGAGAAAUAAGACUCAGAGAGAUAGCUCUGUUGCACAACAACGUUUUGAAGUACAACGUUGUUUACGAGAAAUAAAACAAAUAACUGAACAUUUAAAUCAAAUUGAAUAUUAUAACAGGGUUUUGUCAAUUCGUACUUUUGCCGAUGUAAUACCGGAUUUUCCAGAAACUUGGUUUCAACGUGCGUCCAAUCAACAAGUGGUGCAUUGGUUGAUGGAAGGAGCAAAUUACGGGCAAGAUUUGUCCAAUAUAAUUGAUAAUUUACAGGUUUUGCAGGCCCAAGAAGAAAUGAACAGAAUUGGCAUCAACGACGAUGUUGAGGACAUUGGAGACGUCUUUAAUGAACACAUUCAUACAAUUCUUGAUUCAGUAUUUGAUGUUUCUGUCGUAUCAAAUAAAGAUGAUUAUAUAAUUACUUUGGAGUCAAUGCGUAAUCAUUUGCGACAGUAUGAAGACAAGUUAUUUAAACUAAGACAGAUACAAAAUCCAUCAUUCCAAGAACUUAUAAGAGAAGAAGAACUACAUUUCCAAAUGCAAGAUUUGCGACAGAAAUAUGAAUACGUCAAGCACCAAUUGGUUGAUUGGAGAAAUCUCCAAGGUGAAAUCGAGCCACCACAAAAUGCAGAUUUACUAAAUCCCUACAAUAUGGGAUUUGAAGACAGAUGGAAGUUAUAUUUUUAUUGGCUAAAUUUACAUAAACAGCGUGAAUCAGAUGUUUUGAAGAUGGUUUGUGAGGAUUUUCCGACGAUUUAUAAAGAAUAUGAAGUAAUGAGAGAAAUGGAAGAUGUUCAAGUGAUGAAAAAAGCGUUAGUAGUGGGAAUGACAACUACUAGUGCUGCACGUUUAAGAUCGUCCUUACAAACGUUGAAAAGUCCUAUUGUUAUUGUAGAGGAAGCAGCCGAAGUUUUAGAAGCCCACAUUGUGACUUCUAUUACAAAACACUGCCAACAUUUGAUUUUGAUCGGAGACCAUAAACAGCUAAAACCAAAUACGGCUAAUUAUAGCAUGGAAAAGCAGUAUCAUUUGGGAAUCAGUUUGUUCGAAAGAAUGAUUAGAAACAAUAUUCACUGCUACACCCUUAACGUGCAACACCGCAUGCGACCAGAAAUUUCGUCUCUGAUCCGUCCUACAAUUUAUGAUUUUUUGGAAGAUCAUCCCUCGGUGUACAACAGACCCAAAAUAUCUGGAAUCGACAAUUGUGUAUUUUUCAUCGAUCAUACGCAUCCUGAGGAGCAAUGCGAUGGUUCGAGCAAAACCAACCUACACGAAGUUUCGUUUUUCAUUUAUUUAGCAAGACAUUUAAUUUUGAAUGGUUACAAUCCUGCGAAUAUCACGAUUCUGGCUGCCUAUUUGGGCCAGUUUUUUGCGUUCCAAAAAGAAAAAAAAGUGCACAAAGAUUUAUUGAAAGACGUCAGAAUCGCCGUUUUGGAUAAUUAUCAAGGAGAAGAAUCGGAUAUAAUUCUUCUUUCAUUAGUUCGAAAUAACAACGAAAAUAAAAUUGGAUUCCUAAAAAUCGAAAACAGAGUCUGCGUAGCUCUUUCGAGAGCCAGAAAUGGUCUUUACAUAAUGGGAAAUAUGACUCAAUUGUGUUUUGAAAAUAAACUCUGGCGCAAAAUAAAAGCCAGUCUUGAACAACAAAAGGCUCUUGGUAAUGAAUUACCUCUCAGGUGUCAAAUUCACCAGGAUCAAGUCACUUUUGUGAAAUCUGAGAGUGAUUUCUAUUCGGUUUCUGAAGGUGGUUGUAGUAAAAAGUGUGGUGCAGAGCUGAAGUGUGGUCACAACUGCAACUCAUUGUGCCAUAUUCGGGAUAGAAACCAUAUGAUUUAUAAAUGUCAAGCAGCAUGCAAAAAAAAUUUGUGCAAUAAAGACCCAACACACAUCUGCAAGAAAAUGUGUUUCGAAGAAUGUGCUCCCUGCAAUUACCUAGUACACAGAACUCUAGCUUGCGGUCAUGAUGCUAGUAUCCAAUGUCACAUCGAUCCCGAAGCCUACAAAUGCGAAAUUUUGGUUUCAACUGAAUUGCCUUGUGGUCACAUAACUGAUAAACCUUGCUUUUCCGAUCCGGUAACUUUCAGAUGUCCACAUAUUUGCGAUGUCCAAGUUCAACCUUGCGGUCAUGCAUGUGAAUUGUUUUGCCAUAUCCGCAAAGAUCCUGACCAUUUAGAGUACAAGUGUAAGAAACCUUGCACUCGAUAUAUGAAACGUUGUACCGUCAAUGAUGAGGAUCAUAAAUGCAAGAAAAUGUGUUACCAAGACUGCGACGUUUGUACAGUUACUGUAAGAAAAAAGCGAACUCUUUGUAACCACUAUUACGAUGUCCGGUGCUGUGACGAUGUGGAUGAUAUCGACUGUGAAAAGCCUUGUUCUAAAGUACAAAAAUGUGGUCAUCCUUGUAAGCGCAGAUGCAACGAACCGUGUCAAGUUUGCCAGAUAAAGGUGUCCAAAAUACAUCCCGUGUGUAACCACCCAGUCAAAGUGAAAUGUUGCGAAAAGCCUGAUCGCAAGUACUGCAACAAAGACUGCCCCUUGAUCCUGCCUUGCGGCCAUCCUUGCACCAAGAAGUGUAACGAGCCAUGUACCACCGCUUGCUCAGUUUUGGUCGACUGUUCUGGUAUACAAGCCGAAUGUGGCCACCUCGUGACUAGAAUGGAGUGCCACAUGGUCACAUCUUCCGUCGACCCCAAACGGCUUAUACAAUAUUGCAACGCACCCUGCAAUCGAGAACUAAAAUGUGGCCAUUUGUGUUCCGGUUCUUGUGGUGAGUGCUUCCAAGGCCGCAUCCACAAAAGAUGCUCGGAAAAAUGUGGGGCUCCGUUGGUGUGCGACCACCUUUGCGAUAUUCCCUGUAGACAAGCCUGUAGACCUUGCAGACGAGUCUGCAGCUAUACUUGUGGACAUAGCAUUUGCAAAAAGAAAUGCGGAGAAGUUUGUACUCCUUGUAAGGAACCAUGUUUAAGAAAUUGUCGCCACCAGUGGUGCACCAAGCUGUGUGGGGAACCUUGCAACGUGCCCCCAUGCACGGAACCAUGCAAGAAGGUGCUCAAGUGUGGGCAUUUAUGCAUUGGCUUUUGUGGAGAUCCAUGUCCACCAAAGUGUUUGGUGUGCGAUAAGGAGGAAUUGCUUGAAGUGUUCUUUGGAACGGAAAGUGAAGAUGCCAGAUAUGUUUUAUUAAAAGACUGCAAACAUAUUGUUGAAAAUGAAGGCAUGGAACAUUGGCUCAGACAGAAUGAGUUUCAAAUUAGUUACAAAUUAUGCCCAAUGUGCAAAACUGCUAUUAAAACCACUCAGAGAUACCAAGAUUACAUUAAAAUGGCAAUUAAAGAUGUGGCUCAAGUGAAAUUUAAAGCAAAUGGGAGUCCUGCAGAAAUAAGAGAAAAAACGGACAAAAUCAAAACCAGUUUGCAAGUCUUGGAAACCAAAUGUAGAAUAUUAAAAAUGUACUACCCACCAAUUACAGACGUGUUAAGAACCUUUAGGUCACGAAUUCAACAAUCUAACAAAGGCAAGAGACAACAUUUAAACAUUUUCGAUGUUCAGUCCCUUAUGGCAAAGCUACAAAUAACGGAACACAUUGCUAACAUCUGCUGCAACGAGAAAGUUGUUGUGGAAACAAUCCAUGAAAUUUUUUUCCCUCAAGUGACUCUCAUUGUGGGAGUUUUAAUGCGAGACGUGGACAUAACAAAUCAAGAAAUAAGCGAUUUGAAUUACGAAAUCAACAGAUUAUCCCGAAUUGUCGAUUUUAGUUGCGUUCAAAAAACUUCACAAUUUCCACAUUAUAAAGCCAACAAUGAAACUGCUAAAUCAUUGAUUAGCACAAUAGAAAAACAACUUUUUUCUUGUCAGAAAUUUACAAACGAGAUUAACGAUUUGUUGAAGGAUUGUUUGAGAGAAUUGAACGAUAUUAUGAAGUCGGGACUUGCUAUUUCAGAUCAGGAAAGAAGAGAAAUUUUGCAAGCUAUGGGUUUUAGUAAAGGUCAUUGGUACAAGUGUCCCAAUGGGCACGUUUAUGCUAUUGGUGAAUGUGGGGGAGCUAUGGAGGAAGCGACGUGCAAUGAGUGUGGAGCACGAAUUGGAGGCUCUCGUCAUAGAUUAUUGGAGAGCAAUGAUGUGGCUACUGAAAUGGAUGGAGCUACACAUGGGGCCUGGGGUAUGGCCGCUAAUUUGCGUAAUUAUGAAUUGUAAUACACCAAGUGGAAUUAUAUAAUUAUUAUUACUACAUGUAUGUAACUAAUUCAUAAGUUUGUAUCUGUUAUUAUAUCUACUAUGUUAGUUAUUAUUAUGAAAUAGCAAUGUAAUAAAAUAAAUAAAAUUAUUGUUCUAAUA